AUGGAGCCAGACCCCAGCAAUCCUUACCGCUACCGGGUGCCUCGGCCGAACUACCUGCCUCACAACUUCGAGGCCGACUACCCUGUCGUCAAGGAGCACCAUGUGUCCCUGGGUGUGGCCCCCGAGGCGGAAAACGCUGCUUUCUUCAAGAAGAUGAAGCGUCAAGCCGAGAUCAGCAACAUCACCAGGCCAAAGGGCUACAACGUCUCCUUCCACUACCAGCCCGAGAUGGAGAAGCACCACUUCGGCCAGACGCAUCCUAUGAAGCCCUGGCGCCUGACCCUGACCAAGAGCUUGGUCAUGUCCUACGGCAUGAACUUUGCCAUGGACAACUACACGCCGCGCGCCGCCACAUACGAGGAGCUACGGGACUUCCACACCCAGGACUACCUAGACUUCCUUGCCACCGUCGCGCCGGAGCCCGUCCCGAGGGACCUUGACAACCAUAACCCGGAUCUCAAGUUCAACUUGGGAGGCUCCGACUGCCCGCUGUUCGAGGGCCUGUUUGACUACUGCUCCAUGUCCGGCGGCGUAUCCCUCGACGCCGCGCGCAAGAUCUGCAACAAGGAGUCGGACAUCGCCAUCGCCUGGGGAGGCGGCCUGCACCACGCAAAAAAGUCGGAGGCCUCGGGCUUCUGCUACAUCAACGACAUCGUCCUCGCCAUCCUGCAGCUGCUGAGGCACCACCCCCGCGUCCUCUACAUCGACAUCGACGUCCACCACGGCGACGGCGUCGAGGAGGCCUUCUUCUCUACCGACCGCGUCAUGACCUGCUCCUUCCACAAGUACGACCCGCUCAACUUCUUCCCGGGGACGGGCGGCCUGGACGACAACGGCCCCAAGAACGAGCACAACCCGGGCGCCCACCACGCCAUCAACGUGCCGCUCAACGACGGCAUCACCGACGAGCAGUACGCCUGGCUCUUCCAGAGCGUCAUCGGCAAGAUCGUCGAGAAGUUCCGCCCCACGGCCAUCUGCCUGCAGUGCGGCGCCGACUCGCUCGCCGGCGACCGCAUCGGCCGCUUCAACCUGCAGGUGCAGGGCCACGGCGCCUGCGUCGAGUACGUCAAGGGCCUGGGCCUGCCCAUGAUCAUCUUCGGCGGCGGCGGGUACACGCCGCGCAACGUGGCGCGCGCCUGGGCGUACGAGACGGCCGUCGCCAUCGGCUGCCAGGGCCGGAUCGACCCCGUCAUCCCGCAGCACACCGUCUGGCGCGAGCACUUCCGGCAGGAGUCGCUGCUGCCGUCGCUGGAGCAGAUCGUUGGGGAGCCGCGCCAGAACCGCAACACCCAGAAGCGUCUGCAGGACGUCAUCCAGCACGUGCACGAGCAGCUGCGCUUCGUCAACCAGGCCCCCAGCACGCAGUACCAGGUCAUCCCGCCCGACCUGGGCGGCGUCCGGCGCGACGUCGAGCAGGCCAUCCAGGAGGAGAGGCGGGAGAAGAACGACGCGGCGAGGAGGAUACAGGAGGAGGGCGUCGGCGUGGCUAUGGAGUAUUAA